CACAUCCUGAAACCUCCGAACACAUCUGAUUCUCUCUGGGUCUGUUUCUGUCGACGAGAGACAUUUUAAAUAGAUUUAACUGAAAAGGAGCAGCUUCAUUUGUCUCUGGAUUCAGGCUGCAGCCUUUCCCCCCCCCCCCCCCCUUUCUCCUUAAGGCAAACUUUAAAAAGUGACCCUCUCUCUCCAUCUCCAUCAUGGCGCCCUCUCUGGCCACGGCGUUUUCUCGCCGCUGGUGGAUGGCGGUGACGGCGGUUAUUGAAAACCUUUUGUUCUCCGCCGUGCUGCUUGGCUGGGGCUCGCUGCUCAUCAUGCUCAAAUCUGAGGGAUUCUACUCGUACAUGUGCAAGAAACCAGACAACAGCUCCAGCCUCAACAUCUCCAACAUCUCCUUCUCUUUGUCGUCGGACGCUGAGGAAUACCUGGAGAUGAACGGCUGGCAGAUCUGCAAAGACCAGGACGAGAUGUUGAACCUGGCGUUCACCGUGGGCUCCUUCCUGCUAUCGGCCAUCACGCUGCCCAUGGGCAUCGUCAUGGACAAGUACGGUCCAAGGAAGCUAAGACUCCUGGGCAGUGCCUGCUUUGCCUUCUCCUGCCUGCUCAUCGCCUACGGAGCCAAUGACCCCAACAAUCUGUCCAUGCUCAUCUUCUUCGCUCUGGCGUUGAACGGCUUUGGAGGAAUGUGCAUGACCUUCACUUCGCUCACACUCCCCAGCAUGUUUGGAGACUUGAGGUCGACGUUCAUCGCUCUGAUGAUCGGAUCCUACGCCUCCUCCGCCGUCACCUUCCCCGGCAUCAAGGUGAUCUACGAUCUGGGCGCCACCUUCAUCAUCAUCCUUCUGGUCUGGGCUGCCUGCGCCUGCCUCGUCUUCCUCAACUGUUUCAUCAACUGGCCUCUGGAGCCGUUCCCCAGCCCAGAGGACAUGGACUACACGGUUAAGAUCAAGUUCAGCUGGCUGGGCUUCGACCACAAGAUCACAGGGAAGCAGUUUUACCAGCAGGUGACGACGGUGGGCCGCCGCCUCAGCGUGGGAAACUCCAUGAAGCAGAAACAGCCGAACAAGGACCUGGCAACGCAGGAGGCCAACAAACUGUGCCUGUCCACCGUCGACCUGGAGGUCAAAUCCAAGGACCAGGAACCGGCUCAGUCCUUCAUGAAGAGUAUCUUCAGCCCCAUCUUCAUGCUGAGCCUCAUCACCAUGUGUGUGACGCAGCUUCGCCUCAUCUUCUACAUGGGAGCCAUGAACACCAUCUUGGAGUCUCUGACGGAGGGAGACCUCAGCACCGUGGAGAAGAUGCAAGUGGUGAGCGUCUACACGUCGAUCUUUGGCGUCCUGCAGCUCCUCUGUCUCAUCACUUCUCCUGUGAUCGGAUACGUGAUGGACUGGAAGCUCAAAGACUGCGAAGACGACAAAGAUAAAGUCACCCCGAGGGAGCCGGGUCAGCCUCGACGCCCCGACAAACAUAUACAGAAGAUCGUGAACGCCACGCGAGCGUUCGUCUUCACCAACCUGCUGCUGGUGGGGUUCGGAGCCAGCUGCCUCGUGAGGAACCUUCCUCUGCAGAUUCUCUCCUUCAUUCUGCACACGAUCGUGCGAGGCUUCAUCCACUCUGCAGUCGGAGGCCUCUACGCUGCUGUGUACCCUUCCUCUCAGUUCGGCAGCCUGACGGGGAUGCAGUCUCUGAUCAGCGCUCUGUUUGCUCUCGUGCAGCAGCCGCUGUUCAUGGCCAUGGUGGGACCGCUGGAGGGAGACCCCCUCUGGGUGAACGUAGGCCUGCUGGUGCUAAGCAUGCUGGGAUUUUGCCUCCCGCUCUACCUGCUGAUCCACAGCCGGACGCUGCAGCGCCGCCGCGACGAGCAAAUGGACGACCCCAAGAUCUACCUCAAGGUCAACGAGGACAGCAAGACCGAGGCCUUCGUCUGAGGGCGAGAUACACCCCAAAAUACAGGAGAGAGAGAGAGAAGAGAGAGAGAGGAAGAGGAGAGGAAGAGAGAGAGAGAGAG